AUGGAAAACUUGGAGAACAUGAGAGGUCAACUCACCACAAUCAUUUUAGAUUGUAAUUAUUCAUCACUUCUCCUCACCACUCAAAUCCGAGAUGUUCCCACUUCUCUAAAAUUUAAAACAAUUUUCUUUCCAAUCCUUUCCCAUUUAUUACUUAAAGAUCAAUUAUUCAUAAAUUGGAGAGAUGCUAAAUAUAUUGUUGAAUAUUUACAAAAAUCAAAUGGAAUGUAUAUUGCAGAUAAGCUGAAUUUUUGGUCUGUAAAGUCGUUUGUGUUGCGGGUUUUGGAUUAUGAUAUAAAUGUUUUGAAGAGAUUCAAAGAUUUUACAAAUGAUAAACAAAUAGUCAACCAAUCUGUUAUUCGAAAUGGAUUAUUACUCCAACUUGCAAGUGAAGACUUGAAAAAUGAUAAGGAAAUUGCAAUAUGUGCCUGUAAGCAAAAUGGGCUAGCUCUCAACCAUACCUCCAAAGAAUUACAAAAAGAUAUGGAAGUUGUAAGGCAAGCUCUUUCUCAAAAUGGAUUAGCGCUCGCGUUUGCGGAUAAAGAAUUACAAAAUGAAAAGACAAUUGUAGACAUUGCAAUUGAACAAAAUGGAUUGGCACUUGAAUUUGCAAGUGAAGAGUUGAGGAGAGAUAAGAGUAUUGUUUUGAGAGCUAUUUCACAAAAUGGAGAGGCAAUUAGAUUUGCUUCUAAUAAUGUUAUUUCGAUGGCCAUUUUACAGGAAGGACACAAACCAGAAUAUUUAAAUUAUUCAUUGAAAAAUGACAGGGAACUUGUUUGGAAAGCUGUUAAUCAAAGUGAAGGUGCAUUAAGAUAUGCUUCUGAAGAAUUGAGGAAUGAUAAGCAAUUAAUUUUGAAAGCUCUUAAUUGGGAGGGAUAUGUUUUCUAUUUAUCUCCUCGGUCAUUGAAUGAUAUGGAGAUUGUAAUGCAAGCUUGUAAGCUAUAUGGACUAUCUCUCAAAUAUUUGUCAUAUGAGUUCCAAAAGAAUAAGAAAAUUGUCUUACAAGCUGUGUGUCAAAAUGGAUUAGCUCUUGAAUAUGCUUCGAAGGAAUUGCAAAACAAUAAGGAGAUAGUUUUAUCUGCCAUAAAUCAAAAUGGAAUUUCGCUUAAAUACGCAUCAUCCAAACUCAGAAAUGAUCGUGAAAUAGUUUUACAAGCCAUUAACACGAGAUCUGUGCGAUGGAGUAAGCAACCUAUUGAUUAUGCUUCUCUCAAUUUACAAGAUGACAGGGAAUUGCUAAUGACAGCUUUCAAAUUAAAAACAGGAUCUCUUCGAAAAGCGAGUAAGGACAAGAAAAAUGAUAAGGAAUUAAUGUUACUAGCUGUUGGUCAAGCAGGAACUCUACUCAAACACGCUUCUGAGCGAUUGAGAAAUGAUGAGGAAAUUGUAACAGUUGCUGUUAACCAAGAUGGAUUGGCACUUGAAUUUGCCUCAGAGGAAUUGAGAAAUGAUAAGGAAAUUGUUUUACAAGCAAUUGAGCAAAAUGGAAAUGCAUUUAAAAGUGCAUCUUUUGCAUUGAAGGCUGAUAGAGAUUUUGUAAUGACAGCUAUCCAAAAACAUACAGAAUGUUUUUUACAUGCCUCUUAUGAAUUGCAAAGGGAUAAGCAAGUGGUUUUACAAUAUUUACAAUAUGUUAAAGAUGGGACUAGGUUAUCUCAUUUAUCACAUGAACUGUUGACUGAUAUUGAAAUUGCUCUAAAAGUAAUGGAAAAGGAUUUACAGACCUUUGAAAAUGUACCAAAAGAAGUGUUUCUCAAAAUAUUGACUCAUUGUAAUAUUAGACAUUAA